UUUGCAAUCUUCAACAAAUAGACAAUAAAAAUAACGCAUGCGCAUAAAUGCUAUUGCAAUAGCGAGAGAAGAAAUCCAUUUAAAAAUUAGUGGAGUUUCUUUAGGAAGAAAUAUUUAACUGACAUUAGUAAAUCUUAAAUGCAGACAAGCAAAAAUCAGUCAGCCAUUAUGCAUGAAAGGAAGAGGACGAUUUAAUAGAAAAAACUGUAUAAAAGUUAGCACAUAAAAGCAAAUGUUAAAUAAAGUCAAGAUUUUGAAGUUCCCUGUUUGUAGUUUCGGUUGAAAUUAUGUUUAAAAAUAGUUUCCAAGUGUACUUUUUCUAAAACGUUCGGGUCUCGCUUCGAAACCUUUACAUAUAUUUACUGCGAUAAACCAACGUUUAGCAAUCGAAAUUGUAUAUUUUGGUGUAUUUUUACAAAAACAAAAAAUAGUUGCUAUUUGCAUAACUUUACCGUCAUGGCUGAUGAGGGAGCGAAUCCGGAAAAAGAAGCAGAAAAGAAAAUUGUGCACACAUAUCCGCUUGUCAAGCAUUCAGAUAUGAACGAAGAAAUGCGAACAGAAGCUAUAGAAAUGAGCAUUACAGCUUGCGAAAAAUAUUCGAGCAAUUAUGAGCAAGCGGCACGUGUUAUCAAGGAAACCAUGGAUAAGAAGUUCGGUAUUUAUUGGCAUGUGGUUGUUGGUGAAGGCUUUGGAUUUGAAGUCUCCUACGAAACCAAAAAUAUUUUAUACCUUUUUUUCGGUGGAAAUUUAGCAAUUUUGCUAUGGAAAUGUUCAUAAUGACAAAAGACAAAAACAUAUUUACAUGUAUGUAUGUGUGUGUUUAAAAACGUAACUAUGCAGGAAUCAGUUAAAAACGAAAUUGCAUACAAUUAUGUAAAGAAAUAAUAAUAAUAAUAAUUGCAGUGCAGUCGGAAAGUUGAAAGAAUAUGACUAUUUAGGGAACAAAUAAGGAAAGUGUAUUAAAUUUAGUAAUAUACCGAAGAAAAUAAAUGGUUUACAUACACCUGUACCUAAAUUAUAAUAAAGUUACAAUAUUAAUAAGAAAAAACAAAAUAAACAAAACUUGGUGAUCACCUAAAUGCAAUACAAUAAUUGUAAAUAUUUUUUAUACGACUAAUGUAAUGAAAUUUAUAAGAGAAUAUAGAAAUAAAUUAUAAGUAAUUUGAAA